AAGCCACUACUAUCGACUACAAGAAAGCCAGUCUAGGUAGCGUGUUAAUCACGGCGUAAGCGCUGAAUGCAAUUGCUGCGCGUGGCCAAUAUCCAGACUCCAGAGGUUAUAAAUGUUUUAUGAAAUAAUCUAAUCAAGUGACAAGCACGUAAUCGAAGAUUGAUGUACUCAAUAAUUUUUUACGUGUAAAAUGACAGCACUUGCUCUGUUGCAUAGGAAAGUAAGCAGAACUUUUCAAUUUUUAAAAACUUCGGCGCUCCUCCGGAGGCAAUCUCGAAUUUUUGCCCGUCAUGAAUCCAGCUUUGUACCAAAGAGAGUUCUAAUAUUGACCAAGGUAUCACGUUACUAUUUCGAAAGACUGCGCGAACCAAAUCUGAGUGAAUCUCAAUUUAGGACGAAACUUAUCGAGAGAGGAUCUGAUUAUGACGCAUUGCUUACCAGCCACAAUAAUGACCGCAAGAGAGAAUUGGAGACGAAAACUGUGUUGGAAGAAUUAAACAUUGAAUAUAGAGUAACAAAUAGGUUAACGAUAGAUCGUAACACUUUCGACUGGGCAGAUCUGAUUCUACCGAUAGGUGGAGAUGGAACUUUUUUAUUCUCAUCAAAUCUGAUACGUGACAACAAGAAGCGUAUAAUGGGCAUAAAUUCUGAUCCGUCAUCGUCAGAAGGGUAUUUGAUGCUGCCUGAGAAAUAUACCAGAGACAUAAGAUUGAUAUUUGAGCUUCUCAGAUCAGGGGAUUACAAUUAUGUCAUGCGAAGUAGAAUCAGAACUACCCUCAAAGGUAAAGGGAUUUGGAAUCCGCCCUUUCACAUGCAUGAAAAGUGGCGAGUGGCUGGCGAAGAAAAGCAACGAGUCAGAUAUACAGACAAAGAUACUGCUGCAGAGAACAACCAUAUCCUUGGGUUUUACGUGGAUGACGCAUUCAAGGCAGACACAGCAGCAGAGGUGCCAAAAGAGAGACGACUUCCAUGGUUGGCCUUAAAUGAAGUCUUUGUGGGUGAAUCACUGUCGGCAAGGACAAGCACUUUGGAGGUGAAUUUUGGGGACGAAAUUUCAUGGUUCAAAAUAAAGAGCUGCGGGUUAUGUGCCAGCACUGGGACAGGCUCAACAUCUUGGCACAAAGCAAUCAACAGUCUUAGUCCGCAAGUUGUUGACGACGUCCUAAAACUUGCGAAUGUUAAAAUUGAACCUAGUACAAAAACUGAGGAUAUAUCAAUGGAGUACAAUAAAAGACUGCAGUUUCCCGCAGAGGAUACAAAAAUAGCAUACACAAUUAGAGAUAUGAUUGUGGGACAAACAUUACCAUUGCCAAAAGGAAUUCAACCUCGCGGAUAUUGCAAGAAGCUGAUCAUUCGUUCACAUUGCUUCGACGCAGGACUAGUACUAGACGGUGGUAUCGCUGUUCCCUUCAACGAUGGAACAAUUGCAGUUAUGGAAAUCCAUCCUGAAGAUUCACUAAGAACAAUUAUGCUCAGAGAGUGAAGAACAAGUGAUAUAAAUAGUAUCAAUUUCCAAAUAAACUAAUUUUCAACUGGAAAAAUUAUGUUAGUUGAAGAAUGAUAUUUAAGAAACAAAAAGAAUUUUUUAUAAUAUAUUGUACGUGUAAAUGACAUUUUUUUAAACUCAAAAUAUACUUAUUUACAUAGAAUCAUAUUUUUCGUUGAUUACUUAUGGACAAUUUCUUUUAAAUUAGACCUUUCAUUAUUCACCUUUAUUCGUUUUCAUCUGAGAUUUACAAUGCAAUAUAAUACGUAUUAAAUAGCUAAAAACGAAAAAGUAUAUUAUCAUUAGAUUAUAAAUACACAGCGGAUAAUCAUUCCAUAAUUUGUAUAUUUCUAAAGACAAAAGUAAACGUUUGUUAAUUGAUUACAGGUAUAAUACCUAUAAAGCGUGAUUGUAGAGAAUUAUAUUAAUAGAAAAAAUAUUUUCCGCAACGUGAAUUAGGUAUAUAUAAUUUGUACAUACAUAGGUACGACAGAUGAGAA